AUUUAUUCCAGCCGGUAUCUGUCUGUGAACGUACCCGGCUAGCUAGCGGUUAAGUAACAGUCAUGUAUCAGAUACAAGUCGUGGAGACAACUGAUUAGCUGUAUUUAAAAUGGAUUUAUCAUAACAUUUAAACACAGGCCUUAAGGGCCUUUAUCUGAAAGUCAUUCCGCGUCAGCUGCAAUUCCAUCUUUACCAAGAUGCCUCCAAAACUACUGAAAAAAAGUACCCACUAUAUUGAACUUGGGAGCUACCAGUAUUGGCCAGUACUCAUCCCAAGGGGCAUUCGCUUGUUCACAUACGAACAAAUACCGAUGUUUUUGAAGGAGAAUCCAUACAUCACGGAUGGAUACAGAGCACACCUGCCGUCGAAGCUCUGCUUAAGGAGUAUUUUCAUCCUCUCCAACGAGACCGUAAACAUCUGGAGUCACCUGCUGGGGUUCCUCUUGUUCCUCUCUAUGGGGGUGAACGAUAUGUCCACGGUGCUACCAGCCGCAGGAGCCUCUAGGGAAGACUAUGUCAUCUACGCAAUAGGGCUCUUCUGCUUCCAGGUGUGCAUGCUUUGCUCAGUGGGUUACCACCUGUUCUCCUGCCACCGCUCUGAGAAGACCUGUCGCCGCUGGUUGGCGUUGGACUACGCUGGCAUCUCCAUUGGCAUUUUGGGCUGCUAUGUACCAGGAGUCUUCUAUGCCUUCUACUGCAACAGUUUCUGGCGUCAGGUGUACCUGGGGACGGUGCUGGUGCUCAUCCUGGCUGUGUUCAGUGCGCAGGUGCACCCGCUCUACCUGAGCCAGGAGUGGAAGCUGGUGCGCUCGGCGCUCUUCUGCUUCGUGGCCGCCUUCGGCGUGCUGCCCGCCUGCCACUGGGUCUGGAUCAACGGAGGCUUCGGCACCGACAUCGUUCAGUCGUUUUUCCCCCGGGUGAUGCUCAUGUACCUGAUCGCUGCCUCGGCCUUCAUGUUCUACAUCACCAAGAUCCCAGAGCGCUAUUUCCCAGGUCAUGUGAAUUACCUAGGGGCCAGUCACCAGGUUUGGCACGUCCUGGUGGUGCUGAUGUUCUACUGGUGGCACCAGACUGCCACCUACAUCAUGACUUAUCGCCAUAGAAACGCUUGCCCAGAAUACACCGCCAGAGGAUAGAACACAAGAGUCCAGUACCGUUGCCCAGGGAUACGGGUCCUCUAUGUUCCUGCAUUUAAACAGAACACCGCAGCCAACCCAACCACUUACUAUCACCAACAGUGUUCUUAUGACUUUAAGAAUUCGAGUACUGUUUGUAUCUCUUCACAAAAUAAGUGCAUGUUUUCUACUAAUGUGAGCCUGGUAUCAAGCACAGGCGGAUGAAUGGAGAGUGACAAACAAACACACACACACACGGGUCCGCUUUCUGCAGGGGUGAUCUGGACCGAACACCGCAGCACAGCACUGAACACCCUGAACCUGAGCGCCAAACUGUUGCCUAAGACGGGAGCAAAGAGAACAGACACACACCGGACACACACAUAUUCACAUCACACCACUCCCACACAACCUUACACAUAUCUGAUAUAUGCCGACUAGAACAAGAUAGCUGGAAGCUGCACGGUAAUCUAUUACUGCACUGGAGAAGGCAGGAUGGUAGCCGGAAGUGAAGAAGACAUAUAGAUUUUUUUAUAUACAGUAUAUUGAUUUCUUUUUCCUGUUCCUUUUUUAUGUGUGCAUGUACUGCCUGAAUUACCUCGGGUUUGCCUUGGAAACACAAGCAACCUUGCAAUGAGCAAUGCAUCCUCUCAUAUGCACGUCAACCCGGCUGUCUGAACAAACGUGUGUUUUUGUUAUUUUAUGACGCACCUCCUCCAACUCCAACCCUUCUUUAUUCCCCCUGCUGUUACUCUGGGCAUUGUUACUGUACUCAGUACUGUAAUGUUUCUGCUGUUUGACGCCUCUCUUAUGUGGGAGUGUCUAAUUAAGUAUGUAUACACAUAUCAUUGUAUCACCAUCUGGAUCACAGGUGAAGGGAGCCUCUGGAUCAGUGUUACCAGUCAUAUCAUGCGUGGGACUAAAAGCGCAAGAGAAAAGCUAAACAUGUUAGCGGUAUGCUAUGAAAUCUGUGAUUCCCAACGUGCUGAAGGUUUAUCACUGUUGCACUGAUAUGACCAUGAAUGAGAUCAAUAUGACCAUGAAUGAGAUCAAACUCUUGUGUUUUUUUUUUUGUUUUUUUUAAAUGGCCUUUUUCUACUUGACAAUAAUCUCUGCUGUCUGCCUACCUACCUGCUGUUUGCCUUUCAGUUUUUCGUUUGAUGUUAAUAUACAUUUGGCAUGUUAGAAAUCUGUGUAAAAUCUUUGAAUGCUGAUAUAAUACAAAAUAAAGGCCAUUUGUUUCAACCAGC